AUGGCUGGGGUAGCAGUUUUGGGGCAGUGCCAUGACAACAUUGAGCCAAAAAAGCUGCCUGUCACUGAAGAGGAUCAGAUUUACCCUUGGGACACAUGUGCAGCUGUUCAUGAUGUAAGGCUUUCAUUAUUACAGUGUUAUUUUAAGGAUAGUUCUUGUCUCUUGGCAGUAUCAGUUGGCUGGGAAGGAGGUAUUUAUGUACAGACCCGUGGCCACACAUUGCAUACAGAUUGUCAUAAAUCUUACAUGGAAUCUUUACAGAAUGACCAGGUUCUCCAGGGCUUCUCAGUGGACAAAGGAGAAUUCACGUGUCCUCUCUUUAGGCAGUUUGUUAACAGUGUCCUUCCUUGUUAUCCUGGAGGCAAUGUGGAAAAUAACCUCUGGCAACGUCCUAGUAACAAAAGCAUCCAAGAUCUCAUACAGGAAGUGGAGGAGCUGCAGGGACGGCCGGGAGCCUUCCCAAAACCAACUUUAGAAAUGGAAUCUGUAAUGAAUGACAUCCAAAAUACCACUCAGAAGAAAUACAGAGACUAUAGCAAGACCCCAGGCUCACCAGACAAUGAUUUUCUCUUUAUGUAUUCUGUUGCUAGAACCAGUUUGGAACUUGAAUUAAUUCAUCAAGGAGGAAAUCUGUGCUCAGGUGGUGCAAGCACAGCUGGCAAAAGGUCUUGUUUAAAUCAGCUGUUCCAUGUAUUUGCCUUGCACAUGCAGCUCUAUAGUAUUGAUUCUGAAUAUAAUCCCUGGAGAAAGCUUACACAGUUCCUAGAAGACAUGAAUUCACAGCAGGGAAAUGAAGAACAACAGCCUGAGGUUCCAAUUCUUUACCAUGACGUUACAUCCCUCUUGCUCAUCCAGAUCUUAAUGGUGCCACAACCCUUACACAAAGGAUUUUAUCUUGAUGAAAAUUAA